UUUUAAAGGAAUUAAUGUAUUUGAAUCACCUUUUACUUCUGACAUAUUGUUUUCUGAAUAUUUUACCCUUUUCCUUCUGCUGUGUGUUUUUCGCCCUCCAAAUUAAUAUCGUAAAAAUAGAAGUUAACAUAAUACCUAAAAAUAUCUUCCACACACAGACUGAACUGGGUAACAUCCUGUACGCUGGCUGUGCUGUGUUAUUCUGCCUCAGACUCCUGCGCUUUCUGUACGUCUUUCCCCGUCUCGGUUCCAAAAUCUUGAUCUUUGUUUACAUGGUUCCCAAACUCGUCGAAUUCCUGCUAUUUUUGCUGCUGAUGGUCCUCGGGUACGGCAUCGCCUCGAAGGUCCUGGUGAGCGACACGUGCAAGAACCGUGAGAAGAUGACCUGGACGAUGAGGACUCUAAUGGACUUGUUCAUCGAAGUCUUUCUGGAUCCUUACUGGCAGAUGUUUGGGAAUAUUAAUCCCCACAUGUUUGCAAACACCAACCUGACGACCUGCGACGACCAGCGAAGGCAGUGGAGGUGGCUGUCCUCCUGUGCACCGUGUGGGGACGGCGUCGAGGCUACGGUGCACACGACGUCCCUGUAUUCUGUGUUCGGUCAGCUGAUGCUCGCGGUGUAUCUCCUGAUGUCCAAUCUCCUUCUCCUCAACCUUAUCAUUGCUAUUUUUACGACCGUCUACGAGCGCGUGCGGGAACAGAGCAUCGAGCACUGGAACUAUGAGAUGUAA